AUGGAAGCUGAGUUGGAGGCCAUACACCAGAUGCACCUUCCAGAUGGGCACAAACCAAUAGGCCAAAAAUGGGUUUUCAAGAUCAAGAAGGACUCUGAAGGAGUAGUGGUGAAACACAAAGCAAGACUAGUGGUGAAAGGCUAUGUGCAGCGCAAAAAAGUGGAUUUUGAUGAAGAGGGGUGGCAUAUGCAUUACAUGGAUGUCAAGUCGGCGUUUCUCAAUGGAGAAUUGGAAGAGGAAGUCUAUGUCUUCCAACCACCAGGGAGCCUCUUAUCACUUGGAUUCGAGAAAAGCCCACUUGAACAUGCUGUAUACAAACGAUGUGCUGGAGAAUCAAAGCUUCUAAUUGGUGUUUAUGUAGAUGACCUGAUUAUAACAGGAUCUGAUGACAAGGAAGUUGACAGAUUCAAGAAACAAAUGAUAGAGUUGUUCCAAAUGAGUAACCUAGGAUUACUCUCGUAUUAUCUGGGGAUCGAGGUCUCACAAACACCUUCUGGGAUCACCAUGAGCCAAGUAGGGUAUACAAAGAAAAUCCUAGAGAAGACCGGAAUGUCUGAUUGCAAUUCCUGCCAAACUCCUAUGGAAACAAGGACUAAAUUAAGCAAGCUCAGAGAAGAACCUCCGGUUGAAGCAACCUACUACAACAACAUUGUCAGAAGCCUCAGGUACCUGGUGAACACUAGGCCAGACAUCUCUUACACGGUUGGGAUCAUGAGUCGAUUCAUGGAGAAGCUGACUACUCAACACUUGGCCACAAUGAAGCAAAUUCUCAGAUAUAUACGUGGCACACUUGAUAUGGGGUGCAUUUAUACAAAGAGGGAGGAAACAAUGAAGUUAGUUGGGUAUAGCGACAAUGAUCUUGCCGGUGAUUUGGAUGAUCGGAAGAGUACCACAGGUGCUGCUUAUUUCUACGGUGGGAACCUGAUCACCUGGGUUUCUUGGAAACAAAGGAUGGUGACCCUUUCUUCUUGUGAAGCUGAAUACGUUGCAGCUGCGAUUACAACAUGUCUAGGCACAUGGCUAAGUCAUCUCUUGGCAGAUCUUAGAAAAGAAAAAGAAGGGGCAGUGAUCUUAAGGAUUGACAACAAAUCUACAAUAUCACUGUGCAAAAAUCCAUUAUACCAUGACCGUAGUAAACAUAUCUAUACCUGCUAUCACUAUAUUCAUGAGAACGUGGAGAAUGGGAGAAUUAUUGUUGAGCAUGUCACGUCUUAG